AUGAAUCCAACCAUCAUUUCAACUUCUGCCACUACCACCGGAGUUACCGAAAAACCAGACGGCGGCGACCCAACUAAUCAAUGUUUGAUCAUGCACUCCUUAACUCUUGGAGUUACCGAAAAACCCGACG